UUCUCAUCCAGAAGACACAUGGACGAUCGGACCACUUGGGGGCCGGAAUUCCAACUGCAGUGUGGGAGGAGGAGCGGAAGUGCAGGAAGUCGUUUCACAGCUUGGAUGUGUGUGUGUAUGUGUGUGUGUGUGUGUGUGUGUGAGAGAGAUAGAGUGUGUGGUUGUGUGUGCGUGUAGCUACAGUUGUUCGAUAGUGAGAGAAGAACACGGCGAAGCUAACCAAGUCGGGAUUGUUUUUGCGAGCGGUGAAACCAGAGACGAUCGCGGAAGGAAGAAGCUUAUUCCACUUUUUGAGUUUCAUGGACUGUUAAUUCUUCUCAUGUAUUUCUUAAUGCAACUCUAACUAAGCGGUCUAGCCGGUCCCGAAGCGAGCAGUAUGCAUUCAGACUGCAGACUGCUAUGGACAGAGCGGUAAUGGUGGGCAGGGGACCGAACAUAGGGGCCCGGGUUCUCGUCCUGUCGAUCCUCAUCGUCCUCACCCCGAGAGGCAGUCGCACACAGAAAGGAGAUGGCUGUGGCCCUAGUGUCCUGGGCCCCAGCAGCGGGACCCUGUCGUCUCUGGGCUACCCCUUGACCUACCCCAACAACACGGUGUGCGAGUGGGAGAUCAGCGUACCCCGGGGCCACAGGGUCCACUUCCGCGUCGCCGAGCUGGACAUAGGGGAGACCAACUGCCAAGUGAACUACCUCCGCCUGUAUAACGGCGUCGGACCCGGGCGCAGCGAGAUAGUGAAGUACUGCGGCCUGGGCCUGGGGUUGAAACGGCAGAACGUCUCCACGGGGAACAAGGUCACGGUCCAGUUCAUGAGUGGGAACCACCUGGCCAGGAGGGGGUUCUACCUGUCCUACUCCACCACAGAACACACAGAUCUGAUCACCUGCCUGGACAAAGGAACAGAUUUCACUGAGGCAGAGUACAGCAAAUACUGUCCAGCUGGCUGUUUGAACUCUUUCGAGGAGGUUUCUGGGACUAUACCAAAUGGCUACAGAGAAUCGUCCCCGUUGUGCGCGGCGGCCGUGCACGCCGGCGUGGUGUCCAAUGUGGCGGGCGGCAGGAUCAGCGUGGUCAGCAGCAAGGGCAUCCCCCACUACGAGGGCACGCUGGCCAACAAUGUCACCUCCACCGGGGGGUACUUGUCCAACAGCCUGUUCACCUUCAAAACCAGCGGUUGCUACGGCACUCUGGGGCUGGAGUCUGGGGGCGUGAACGACCUCCAGCUGUCGGCCUCCUCCUCGUGGAAUUGGCAGGGCGCGUGGAACGCGUCUGGCGCCCGCCUCAAGACCUCGGGACUCCCCUGGGCCCCGGCCGAGCUCGACCAGGCGCAGUGGCUGCAGGUGGACCUGAAGAGGCCCACGAGGAUCACAGGAAUCACCACCACGGGGUCCACGCUGAGGGGGCACAUCUGGUACGUGUCGGCGUACCGCGUGCUCUACAGCCUCGACGGGCAGAAGUGGCUCGCCCACCGGGAAGGCGACUCCACCCAAGACAAGAUUUUCCAAGGCAACACCAACAACAUGCACGAAGUGAGGAAUAAUUUCAUCCCCCCGAUCGAGGCGCGGUACGUGAGGAUAAACCCCACCCAGUGGUACCACAGGAUCAACCUCAAGCUGGAGCUGCUGGGCUGCUUGCUUCCCAUGGUGAGCCCGAGGAGUCGUGAUACCCGUCCUGUUAAACCUUCUCAUCGCCCCCCCGUGGUCACCAACACACCGCCCCAGUACAGUCACAUCACCCACACCCCCGACAUCCGGAACACCACCAUGCCGCCGCACACCAGCAAAGACGUGGCGCUGAUUGCUGUGCUGGUGCCAGUGUUGGUCAUGGCCUUGACGGCACUGAUCCUGACCGUGGUUUGUGCGUGGCACUGGAAAAACAGGAAGGGGAGCACGGAGGAAACAUAUGACCUUCCUCAUUGGGAUCGCACAGACUGGUGGAAGAGCAUGAAACAGCUGCUGCCAUCCAAGAUGGCGGAGAGGGAUGACUCGGUGCGCUACAGCAGCGACCUGAGCCGGCUGCGAGGGAGGGUCAUCGCCCCGAGGCUCCACGCCGAACCUGCAGAGUACGCCCAGCCGCUGGUGACGGGCGCGGUGACCUCGCUGGGCGCCCGCUCCACCUUCAAGCCCGAGGAGACGCCCACCAGCCCGGGCUACGGCGGCCCCGAGCUGUACGACGCGCCCAUCCCGCCGGACGUGUACCACGCCUACGCCGAGCCCCUCCCGGCCUCGGGCUCGGAGUACGCCACGCCCAUCGUGAUCGACAAGGCCUGCCAUAUCGCCGCCAGCGCCGCCGCCGCUAACCACCAGGCGGCGGCCGCCGCCGUGUCCAGCUUCAUGGGCGGGGGCGGGGGCGGCCCCCACCUGAUGCUCACCAAGAUGGACAGCGGCAAACACGGCGGCAAGCACGGCGGAAAGCACGGUGGCCGCUCGGCGUAUGACACGCCCAAGAGCGCCAACGGACAGGCCACGCCCGCCGAGGAGCUGACCUAUCAGGUGCCGCAGAACGGCAGCCACAAAACCAUGGGGAAGUGCUGAGAUGGCGCUCUCGGCGUUUCAGAUAGCCCUUCCAAUAGGCCCCGCCCCCCAGAGCCCACGCUGUUGGACGAGGUGGCGGGGGGGGCUGGUUGAACUGUAAAAGUGACGUGCACAUUUGAUGAGCCCUUGACCAAAAAGAUUCUUGUUUGGGGAUGGGGCGUGUGUGUGUGUGUGUGUGUGUGUGUGUGUGUGUGUGUGUGUGUGUGUGUGUGUGUGUGUGUGUGUGUGUGUGUGUGUGUGUGUGUGUGUGUGUGUGUGUGUGUGUGUGUGUGUGUGUGUGUGUGUGUGUGUGUGUGUGUUUCUACCUGUCUUUACAUGGCCGCAGUGUGCUCGCCUUGUGCCAUAACAGUCCGAUCACUGAAACCUCAAAGAUGAAUGUGUUUGUCUCAGACGUGAGAGGGGCGUACACAGGGGUGCCGGGACGAGCUGACUACUAAUGAACGAGCGAGACUUGGUCCCCCUUUCUGUGAUUUAGUACACGUUUUCUUUCUCGUGUUUUGUUAAACUGUGAUAUCUGCAAUCGUUUUUUUUUUUCUUUUUAUCAGGUACUGAGCUUGGUCUUUCUGACAGUCAUUAUGAAUUACAUAUUCAUUACAUCAAUUCAAGGGAUUUCUUUACUCUCCUAACAGAACCUUUGUAUCAAAGGGGGGAUCCCUCUGUGUAGGUUAUCUCAGACCUACGAACAUCUGAAAAAAGAAAUAUGAACGGUACUUUAUUUUUCGAGGCGUCGUCUCUCUUUAAGAACGCCCUAACCUUGCAUCAGUUUGUGAAAUUCACAUUUUCUGCAAAUCUAACAUUUUUGAAUGAUUAUUUAUUAUUCUUUCAUCAUCCUGCUGAUGAGAAAAUCAUUUUAUCUUCUUUUUUCCAAAAAACAAAUCGACCCAACCACUAUGACCCAACCGCUGACUCCAAAUCAGACCUAUUGUUUGCACUGUUGCUGAAGCUUCAAUGUUCAUUGAUAUGUACUGCCAGAACCUCAGAUGUAGGCUCUGUGUGGACUUGGAGAAGAGGGAACCAAACGGUCAAUCUUGAGGAGCUGCCCCAGAAGAGGAAAUGCUUCUUCUGUUUAAGACCAAAUGUUGACUUUGUUUUAUAAUAGUUUAUUUCCCCCCCCCCCCCCAAGCAUAAAAAGUCUUAUUAGUGCGGUUUAGAACAGUUUAUAUAGAUAAAAAAUAAAUAAAUGAACACUAUUGUGUGAUCAGCUAGCUGGUCGGGUACCAAAACCAAGUCAAAGGGGAGACCAAAAGAUGCAUUGGCUGAUACUUUUCGUUUAGAUGAUUAUAUUGUUCCUAUCGAUCGCCUUGGGUGCGUCCGAGCAUGACGUGACGUAUAUCUAUAUAAUGAGAUGACUGUAUCCGUGUGAAUCAAAAUGUGUCUCUGUAUCUGAAUGUGGGUCCCUCGAUGUUGUUUUUAGACGGAAUGCGGCUUGCAGUUAUAGAAUAGGACUAUUCAUUGUCUUAACAAGGUAUCCACUAGUGCCAGCAGUCCUCUUCUUCAAAGCCCCUCGUACCCGGGGAUUCUGGGAGAUGGAGUUUGUAAGGGCAAAGGAGGAGGCUGGUGUUCUACGUUUAGAGACAGAAAUGCGCUGUCGUAUAGGAGUUUUGUAUUUCACGGCUAGAGCUCCCUAUCCGUUUUGCUUUAGUUAGUUCUAGAUGCCGGGCGUUCAUGCCGUAUGGAGCUCACUGUAAUGGGUUGGUUGUUUCUGUGAUUCUCACUCAUUGUACAUAGAGAAAUAAAGAGUUUCUAAAAGUG